CGUGGAUUGACAUGGCGUCUUCUGGAGAGGAAUAUUGUUAUUGUGGCUCACAAUUGGUCCUCCAAUUUUAAGGUUUACCGAAGGACAGUAAAAGUGAUACCAGCAAUUAUCAACAUAAUCUUAUAAACAAUUUUUUUUGCAAAAUGCGUCGGGCAGGCGCAGCUAGAAAUCGAAAACAAACUUUGAAAGUUUUAAAGGAACUCGAUGCUUUCCCAAAAGUUCCUGAAAAUUAUCAAGAAACAUCCGCUAGUGGUGGUUCAGGUGAGUAAAUUUUAAGGUAUUUUAUAAUAUAUCAGUAUCAUUUAAUACUGAUAAUCACUUGAAGCAAUAUACGAGAAUGCCGUCAUGGAAUGACAUAUAUUUUGUUUGGUCUGCGGCUUAAUAAUCGUACGUGGCUCUUAGUAAUUUUUGUGUACACAAUUCUGGCCUACUGCACGAUUACGGUUGUCUUGGCAGCAAGAAAAAUUUAGUACUCUUGUUCAACUUCCUGUGCACUGUUGUCGCUGUAUUCGGUGUUGCUCUAAUUUAAAGUCGUGUUGUUUAAUAUGAGGAAGUAUUGAAGUGAUAACCUGAUGUCUAAAAAGAGGAAGUACUUGUUGUAGUAUGAAUUUUGUAUGAAAAGGAAACCUAUGCCUAAAGAAAGGCUACAAAGUGCUUCAAAUUCUUAUCAUCUUUCUUCCUCAAGGCAUAAGUUCAAUAUUUUAUUGAGCAGAAUAUAUGGGGGGUGAUAAAAAAUAAAUAGAUAAAUAACAAUAACAAUGAGAGAUGAAUAAAAAGGGGGAUUGUCGUUCUAAAUUAUUAUGGAGAGGUGUAAAGUUAUUGCAUGUCCAUUUAGAUGCUCAACCAGGACAUACUUAAUGUUUGCAAAUCAUGAAUUGUGUGUUAAGUAAAUUUGACAAGUAUUAUCUCAACUCCUACCUGAGAUUUUGAUAAUAAUGAAAAGAUCUUCACAUAAUGGGAAAUCUUCAACUGUAUAUAUCCUGUUACCAGACAAACUUCUUACCUCAAUGACUGUGCAAAAGUUCCAAAUGUUUAUUGACAAAAUGUGGUGGUGAUAUCUUGUGUAAGAAAUGGGAGAAAUUCUGAUAUUUAAUGAAUAACCAGACAAAAUUUCUUUUUACAUUCUUGUUCUGCCUUGCACUUCACUGUAAGAUUAUAUUUCCAUGUAAUUCUCUCCUAAUCAUUUCCAGGUCUUUAAAAUAACACUUUUUCUCUUUUAUGUUUUGCUGCAGUGUCCAUCAUUAUUUUCUUAUUUAUUGGAAUUCUUGUGACAUCCGAGUUCUGGUAUUACAGAGGAGUGGAAACCAAGUAUGAUUAUGAAGUUGACACAGAUACUGAUAGGUAGGCCUUCUAUAAAGCAUCUCUUACCAUUGUUAUUCCCCAUUUUGUCAUAUCAAGGUAUUGGAACAUGUAGAAUAUGCCAUAGUAUUACCACAUACACUAUAGAACAGUGUAAAACACAGACAGAAAGUGGAGCAACAAAAUGAUCCCUUGGAAAGACCCAAAACGUUUUGAUUUUUUCCUCUGUUUAGGUUUGACUUUUUUAAAGCUAGAAGCCUUUAAGUACAACAGAUUUCUUUGGUGGACAUAAAGAAAAUGUUAAUAGUUUCAUUUUGUUCUUUCAUACAUGUCUUGUGCAAUUGAUAAGAAGCUCAGAUAAGGUAACAGGAAUUUUUCAAAAACUACAGAAACUAGAAAAUUAGAUUAAGCUAGUUAGGAAUCAUUUUGGCCUCAAAUUGAUCUCAAAUUAAACCUACAUUUACUACAAUAUUUAUUAUCUUUUUUUUAUCAACAGUAAACUUCAAAUAAAUGUUGAUAUGACGGUAGCAAUGCGAUGUGAUGGUAAGUAGUUUAUUCAAAAGCUGUGUGAUAAUAACUUAUUCUGGGUGUUUUGAGCCUUUUGACCCUAUGAGUGAACAACAAGUAAUUUCUCCUGACAUUAUCAGUAUAUUGUAAAGUACAAAGGUAAUGGGAUGGAAGGGUGAGAGAGACCAACAAACUUGUCAAGAUUGUUUUAUUUAACACCAGAUUCUUCUAGGAUAGUAGUAAGAAAUAAAUGGAAGAUAAUGGUGAGAAUUUAUGUUAAGAUCUUGGGAGAAAUAGAGUUAUCCCUUUUAAGCCAAAGAGAGACCAGCAUCUAAUUUCUCCGCACAUCAAUAUUACUGAGUCAAUCUUUGAGAUCAUAAGAAUGAAGGAAAUGAUUAUCAACCUAAAUAAAGAGGCUUUGAUUGUUAAAGCAAUUCUCUUUUUCAGUAGGAAAGAAAAAAUGUAGAGAAGAGUAUGUAAAAUAUAGAUACUAAUGUCAGGGUGUUGGUUAAGUAAUUACAUAUGAUCUCACUGUGGAUAUCAUUAUGAAAGUUCACUUAGUUUAUCCUCUUUGAUAGUUGAACAAUAGUGUAAUAUCUUUCUCAUUGGUUGUUUUUCAGAUAUUGGAGCAGAUGUAUUAGAUUUAUCUGGCUCCUCAUUAGAAUUAGGAGACAAACUUGCUUUAGAACCUGUGAGUUUUAUCACUGCUAUUCUUUUGAAAUGUAUUGGCUUUACCUGUAUCAUUCCAAAUUGUGACUUGUUACUUGUGUAAGUCAUUAUGGUAUCAUACGCAUUAAUUUUCUCAAUGUACAAGUUUAAUACUUGUGGGAGAGCUGUGGUCCCAUUGUCAGGAGGCUUGGAUCUUCAUCAGUAGGCAUGGAUCUUUGUCAGUAGGCUUGGAUCUGAGUUUAGACAUCAAGGGUGGAGACUUAGCUGCAUCUCUGAGUUGUUUCUUUGAGCAAAAUAAUUCACUCUCUUGGUGACUCACUCCACCCAUGAGUACAAAUAGAUUCUGGUGCACCACUGGAUGUACAUGAUAUAUAAUAAAUGUUAUUUCUUAUUUUAUAGACGUACUUUGAGUUAACUGAGGAUCAAAUGAGUUGGUUGAGGUAACUUUGUUAUGUAGAUUGAUUUGAUUGUUUUGUCAGAUUGUUAGAUUGAUUUGGCAAUAAAUUGCUUAAUUGGCUGAUAUCUGACUUUUUUGUGUGUGUGGAGAUUUGAACUUCAGUUGUGAUGCAGCUUGAGGGUAAACUUUUGAAAUGGUUAAAAAUUUAUCAAACCAGUUUAUUUUGAAUUUAUUUUUCCUUUUCAUAUUUCUGUUAUAGAUCUGCCAAAAGAAAAUCAAUAAUCAAUGAGUUCCUUUUUUUUUAACCAAAUAAAAAUUUAAUCAUGGUUUAGAAUACUGAGCAGCAAUUUUAAAAUUGCUUUUUUGUGAAUUGUUUCAGAAUGUUUAGACAUAUGCAUGCAUUUGUGGAGGGCUAUAGAGCGCUGAAGGUCCUUGAGGAGUUUAACAAUAAUGGACCCACCUACAUGCCAAGAAGGUUUGAAAGUGGAAACUUUACUUUUUCUGCUAUUGUCACUUUUUAACUUGGCCACUGUGUAGAAAUGUAGUUCUUCAUUGAUCAGAAGUAGUGAAAAUAACAUUAGUAAUGAUGUACCCCCCAUGGUCAACCAUGCUCUUAAUGGGACGCAACACUUGUUAUAAUCUUCAAAUUAAAACUGUGAAAUCCCUCAGAGUGAAAUUAAUAUCAUAAUGAAAGUAAAUACAGAUGAAUGUGUCAAAAAUUCAGGCAAUGAUUAAGGCAGUUUAAUAAAUUUUACUCACCAAAUUAGUAAACUUUCAACUAAGCUAUUCAAUGGAACUUUUCUUUGGUCACUCAGAUUUCUUUUUAAUUCUUCACCUUACAGAAAGGAUGGAGAAAAACAAGACAAACCUUAUGAUGCUUGUCGAGUCCAUGGCUCCUUUGAGGUUAACAAAGUGGCUGGAAAUUUUCACAUUACAGCUGGCAAGUAAGCACAGCUUUAAUUAUCCUCUCAUUUCAAUUGCAUUUACAUCACUGUGCUAAUUUAUUAGUAUCGAUUAUGCUGUAAUUAUUUGUUACAGCAUUGCUCACUAGUAAUUUACCUCCCCUCCCCCUCCCCCUUGUGAGGCAUAAGUCUUCUCCGGAGAGAGGACUGUUCGAGUCUAUUUCUUUAGCUUAAACAAAUAACUUCCUCUUGUGAUACAUGUAUCAAUCCCAUGAUACAUUUACAAAGUGAAUAGACAAAGGUAUCAGCUUAAGUUGAUUCCGUGAUUACUGGAAAAGUUUCCAGCAAGAUGUUGGUAUAUAUCUAGAGUUUGAUCAACUUUUAUAUGACUUGAAUCCCAUCAGGGGAAUUAUAGAGAUCAGGGUUGUCACUAAGUGCUGCUGAAGGCAAAAUUUGCUAGCUGAAAAAGAGGUGAUUGCUGACUGGACUUUUUGCCCACAAGAUCUUGGCAAAGGGUAAUCUUGCCAUGUCACCCCACUAUCUCCUGCAUUAGUUGUCAUGUUAAAGUAAGAAGCAUGAUAGCCUUGCUGUGAAGGCAUUUCAAAAGAUUGGGAACCAAAUUUUGUUACCAGGUCUCUCUUUUAGUGGGUUCAGUUCCAUUCUUAACUGGCAGACUAUUUCAAUCCUUAGUUACAACCCAGAAGAUAUUCCAUAGUUCUUCUUUCAAUAAAUCAGAGCAUUUCAAACAGAAUUUAAUCCUUCAUGUAUAAAACUAAAACCUAACCUCUUGUAAAGUGUGUUAAUCUUUUAAUUUUUAAGGUCCAUUUAUCACCCCAGAGGACAUGCCCAUCUGAGUGCUUUUGUGCCAUCUGAUUGUAAGUAUUUUCUUCAAAGAAUAUGUGUUUUCUGACUUGUGAUGAGGCUCUGUCUCAAGUGUUUUGGUCCCCUUCAGUACUUGACAUGACAAUGUCCUUGUUGACCACAUUUAAAGAAUGGAAAGCAAAAUUGGACUCAUAAGGAUAAAAUUGAAUCUUUUGUAUGUGAAUAUGGGUGACUUGUCAUGGAUUAUGAAUGCAAAAAUAAGUUUCUUUAAAUUUCUGUAAUGCCUAGUCAUGCUGAAAUGCAUACCAUGAGACUUUCCUGAACAUUUUAUUAGGUCACAUAGUUAUGAUGUAAUACUGCUAAUUAAAAAUAGCUGCACUUUGUAAAUGUAUACAAGGACUCAGUCAUGUAGUACUAGAAGUUGUUGUUGUCGGGAGUGAACAACUGUUUGUAGAAAUAAACCAAGGAAGAGCAACAGUAACUGUAGAAGAUUGUUCAUUUUGAGAGAUUUUGAGACAAACUGCGAUAUUGUGUCAUUGGUGAGCUAAGAUAUGGACUGCAGUGGGCUUAAGCAAGUUUUUUAAGGAUAAUUAUUGUACUGCAUUCUGGAGUCACUCCCUGUUAAGAAUAUUACAUGUUGUUUAAUAAAGUAGUUGGGUUUGUUGGAGAAUAGUGUUCUUUCUGUUGGCUGAACAAACAUGAGAUCUGGAUGGCUGCAUGUGGAUAACACUACACACUCAGUGGAUAAACUUAAGUGCAUGGUUGUUCAGCAGGUGUCAGAUUCUACAAAUUUCUACCCUUCAUGCUGUAAGAGGUGCCUUUGUAACACUGUGAUCUUGUAUAAUUUCCUUGCAGCAUUUAACUAUUCUCACAGGAUUGAUGCUCUCUCCUUUGGUCCCUGGGCACCUGGUCAUAUAAACCCACUUGAUGGAGAUCUUGUGACAACAGACAAAAGUAUUUUAAACUUUUUGUCCUAUUCGUUAAUAAGUAAACAGUACUGUAAGUUAAUACAUUUGCUUAAGAUAAGAAAUCAACAGAAAAACAGAAAUAUGAGCUAUGAAUCCAGACGUAUUCAUGUGGGUUCAGUUAUUUUGUCAUGCAGUGUGAUAAAUUAAAUGCAUGUUGGUUUAGCUUGCCAGUGAUUGAUACAUAUAAUGGAUGGGAUCAACAACAUUAUUAAAUGCUGUUUUUUUGGUUUUCAAUGGAGCUUGCCCUUCCCUCUAAAAAAAUUUAAGAUUUUAUACCAGUUUUCCACCUUAAAAAUUUGGAUAACUUAGAGGGCUUCCCUAGUAUGAUAUACUAGGCUUCCCUGAGUUAUGAAUUAGUUAUGUUUUGAGUAAGCCUAUUUUUCCUCUUUACAUUCAGAACUGCAGAUGUACCAAUAUUACAUUAAGGUGAGUUUUAGAAAGUUUUAUUUUUACAAGGUUUAUUUCUGUGACAAAGAUACCCAGGCAUAAGAUUUAUGAGUGUGCUUGUACAGAACAGUGCUACUGUUGUCAAUAGGUUCAAAAGUGCUGGAAUGGAAUGCAUUUAUUUGUGUUAAAUUAAUCUCUAAACUUAUUCCAUAGAUUGUACCAACCACAAUCAAAUCCCUCAAUGGUCAAGUUACAAAGACAAACCAAUACUCAGUGACACAAAGGGUAAGUGACUUCUGUGCAGAUAUUAUUCUGAAUCAAUUUCACUUCAAUUUUGCUACAAAAAGGUGACUGCUAAAUUUCCUAUUGUGGCAAAUCUGCAAGGCACAUUGAAGUAAUCCAUGCAUGUAUCUAAAAUUUCAGAUCCGAGAAAUAAAUCAUGAGGCGGGAAGCCAUGGAAUUUCUGGUAUGAAGUUUUUUUUUUUUCAAAAUUAUGUACAUUGAGAAAGGCAGUGGGUCAAUAAAGCCAAAACUCUGAAUUAAGUUUCUCCUGUGAGAGCAGUCACCCCUUAUUAAGCAUUCACAUAUCAAAUUCCCAGGAUCUGUUUCCCAUAUUUACUUCAGAGUUAACCUCUGAUAAAAAGCUAAAUAGCCCUUUGGGGUUUUCAAAUACCUAUUGUAUUUAAAAUCACCUUUGCUGAACAGUCAUCUUGUUAAAUUACAUUGAAGAAAAAUGAUCUGCUUUCAGUUGGUAAUAAAUUGUUCAUUCCUCUGUUCUUACAUCAGUUCUCAUCGGCAAAAUGGUUUGCAUCACCAAACUGGGCAACUCAGAUGACUGUUAACUAUUCAUAAGUUUAGAUAUGAUUUUGAGAUGACAAACCUUACUCUAUUGUUAUUAUUUAUAUUGUCAGAGAGGAGCUAGCUUUUUCACAAUAGUCAGUGUUUUGUUUUUCAAGGAAUCUUCUUCAAAUAUGACAUGUCAUCCAUAAUGGUACAAGUUGAAAGUCGUCACAGAUCAUUCUGGGGUUUCUUGGUACGUCUUUGUGGAAUUGUAGGAGGCAUAUUUGCCACUUCAGGUAGGGUCUUCCACUCUGACGUUUUUAUUAACAGACCUCCUUUUUUUGUACUUCUGUAAGAAACAUGUCAUUAUAAAUCAUUAAGUGAUCUGAAAGUUUCACACAUUCUUGUGGGAAUUUUUUUGAGCUAUUAUGCCAAACCACUUUCCAUUGCAAUAUGCAAUACUAACAAGAACAUCUUGAAACAGAUAGCUUACAAUCAUGUAAUUAUUUUAUCAACAGCACAAUGACCAGUAUAGUGUUGUUUCAUGCCUUGUAUUCAAAAUGAAAUGUUACAAACUCUUUAAUGUUAAGUUGUUGUUUGAGUAAUUUGUAAAUCAUGGAAAACUAAAUUUACAAUUCAAACACUUUGUUCUACUGAAGUCAUCAAGUCUAGCUAAAAUUUACCUUGUAUCUGUUCUGAUUUAGGUCUUCCUCUUAAGCCUAUAAACUAAUAACUUUAUUCUUUGUUCCAGGCAUGAUGCACUCACUCAUUGGUUUCUUGUUUGAUGUAAUAACUUGCCAGUUUCAGAAGAAAAAAGAGGAAAAGGUAAGUUUUCAGAAUAUUUUCACAUUUACAUCAGCAUUGUAUUAAUGACCUUUAUGGUUUUGGCAAUUUUAUAUUCAAGUUUCUUUUUUUAACUAUGGUGUAUGGGCAAAGUGUAAUUUGAAAUCUACAGCUCUUUGGAAUAAUUGUUUGGUGUUAAUUUUCACAGUCAUGUACAGUAUAGGUUAAGCUUAUCUUCAAAAUGCAACUCCAAGCCCCAGUUGUUAGAAGGUUGGAUAAUGCUAUUCACUGGAUAAAUCUUUUGCUAGUGGAAGUUGCAGUACAUUUUUUUUAAUACUGCUGGAUAGCAAUUUAUCCACUGGAAAUGGUUAUUGGCCAUCUGAACAACUGGUCCCAGAUGGUUUUUUUUUUCCUAACACACCUGAUCAAUGAAUCAUACUUUUUGGACCCCAACCACUUACUGGAAAAACAUUUUGAAAAAUGGAACAGGGCAGUCUAGAAAGUGUGAUAUUUACUGUCCAGUGAUUGUUUAAUUAUUGACUACAUUUAUGUCAGUGUUGUUAUCAUUUGUUUCAGUCCCUCACAAUGUCACAGAUCCCUUCUGAAACAUCUGUAGUCCAGCCAAAUGGCUUAUCACCUGAACAACCAUCACAGAGCCAAGAGCCUGUUGUCAGCUUUUCCCAUGAAGGAGUAGAUCCAAGUGUUGAUGUUGUUCCACCACCAAAUGAAGCGUCAACAAACCAAUUACCAGUGAUAACAUGAUACAAGUGGACUCAGUUGAAAAAUUUAGUGACUUUAAAAUUCUUAUCCUCUUUCAUUUAAAUGAAAACUUGGGAAAUUCCUGAAGUCAUUCCCAAUAACAAAGAUUUAUUGUGACUGUCACAGAUCUUUUUAGAAAAUUAACUCCCAUCAUCAUAAACACAUUGUUGCACACCCCAAGCCCUCUCAUGUAUUGACUUGUACUGAAAUACCACUGCUUUAUUAUCCAACUUAAAAGUCUGAAAAAGAAUGUAAAUAUACUAGCCAGAACAUUUCUUCAGUUUUUAGUUACUUUUGAAGCCUUUGGAAAGAACAUUAAAUAUAAACUAAAAUCGACGUUACAGGGGGGAAUCUUCACAAUUCACUAACAUUGUACCAAAAAAGUUGCUAUGUUUUUGUGUUUUGAUAAACUGAAUGAGAACUUACUUGUUUUAUUUCCAAUCCUAUGAGGUGCAUGUAACAAUUCUUCAUCAACAAUGAAUUGCUUAUUUAGAUUAAAAUCCCAUAAAGGUACUGAGGAGGCUCAAUGCUAUUGUUAUGAAACCAGCCAUUCUACCUUUGCAGGGGGAGCUCCCCCUCAGAGACAUCAUCACUUUUAAAGAGAAAACCCAAAUGAAUGUUGAAACAAGGAUGUCUUGAAUCCUGUUUGAGUCAUUUUUUUUCAUAAAUAUAUAGAAAACAACCUAUGUUGGUGUAUAGAGUGAUAUGCUUACACCAAUCAGAUUGCUCGCACCAAUCAGAUCACCGCAUUAGGGUAUGUAUCUCGCACCAAUCAGAUUGCUGCAUUAGGGUAUGUAUCUCGCACCAAUCAUAUCAUAGCAUUUGAAUAUCAUGCAGUGUAUCUUCUCUUACUUGAGACCACAAUAUAUGUUUGGUUAGGGUCUAUUCAAGGGACAACAAAGUUUCAGUUUGCUUUUUGUAGUAAAACUACGCGGAAUUAAAUAUUUGAGGUAACUAACUGUAGAUGAAUAAUUUUGAUUUUCUCUCUGUUGGUCUCUUUCAAACGGGAGAUAGAGGGUGUAGUGUGACGAGCCCAAACGAUGGCUGGGAAGGAGACAGCAGUAAGCGUGGCUCAUAGAGACAGUAGGUCAUAUAAUAUCUGUGUGAGUUCAUAUAAACUAGUUUAUUUCCGUCUUUCUGCGAUAUUUUCGUUUUUUUGAAAGUUAUGCUCUUUUCAGUGACAGAAAUGAAAACAUUUAGUACACAAACUGUCCCAUCUUAACCCACCCAGUUGAAAAAGAACUCUUGCAUGCUAAGCAUGCUUAUAUUUUUCAAAGCCAGACAAAAUUGUUUCCUUGUCAGAAAUAUUUUGCAUUCAAAUAACAUGUAUUUAAUCAAAACUUAACUUAAAGCCAUUUUUGAGUUUUUUUUUUUUUAAUUAAAAACAAUUGCGUUUUCAUUCCUUGCAAACAACCUGCAUUUUUUAGCGUAUUUCACGCACAGAAGGCAAAGUCCACAUAAGCAACAACCAAUCAAGGGGCCCUUUUAGAAAUAUUAUCCUUUUCUCUUGUUCAAUGUAUCUUCACUUAUUCAAGAUCGCAAUAUAUCUUUGGUUAGGGUCUAUUAGAGGAACAACAGAGUUUCAGUUUGCUUUUUGUUGUAAAAUUACGCAAAACUAUAUUUUUGAGUUAAGUAACUGUAGACGAAUAAUUUCAAUUUUCUGUUGGAGAAUAAAAGGC